UUUGAAUGUGCAUCAUAUUUUGGUCUGAACCUUUAACUGGCGUUUUUAACUGAGUGACUACAAUGUCUGGAUGUGCAUUCAUGUGUUUCCUCCUGUGCAUUUCAGACGUCUGGGGGGAAGCAGCCACCAUCUGUGCCUUAAUGGGUUCCUCAGUGGAUCUGCGCUGCUCAGCUCAGCAUCCACGUGUAAUGAAAUGGUACACCGUGCAAUGGGAGUCCUAUAAUGUCAUUCAGAAUGAUCUCAGUCUGCGUGGAAAUCAUGAGAUACACAACACGAAUCACUCCACUUUGACAAUUAAGGAUCUGAGAGAGAGUGAUGAAAAUGUUUACUGCUGCAGAGAGAAUGACAGAAACCCACAACAAUGCUGGUACAGUGGAACUAAGCUUCGUGUUACAGACCUGCAGGUAAAGGUGAUUCCUGCCACAGAGGGACAGACAGUGAUGCUGAUGUGUAGCACCAGUUGUCCUCUGACUGAAAACCCUGCAGCCUACAUCUGGUACAAGAACAGAGAGUUUCUCUAUGAGGACUGGUCUCCCUGGUACCAAGAGCUGGUCAGCAGUGAGGAAGCAGCCACAUACUCCUGUGCUGUCAAAGGCUACGAGGAUCACAGAGCCCCUGAAGUCUCAGUGGAUUCAGUCACUCCGACCUGCUUUACUGUGACCUACGCUAAAGGGAGAAUGUGUUCUCAUCGGCAGACGUCAGCAGAUGAGUCCUGCUCCAUCACAUAUCCCAGAGAAUUACAUGUUCAGAGGACGCUCAUGGAGGGCUAUAUGACCCUGACUUGCACCACCAGCUGUCCCCUGACUGAGGCUCAGACGGCCUAUAGGUGGUACCACAAUGGCCAGAUUGACUUUAUCACUGAGAGUCAAAUGUUUGAAGUUUCCCGCUUCUCCAACAAAAGGUUCUCUUGUGCUGUCAAAGAUCAUGAAGAUCUUCGCUCUGCUGAAGUCAACACUGCAGGCGAGAAGGACUUGACAUUGAAUUACAUCACGAGGAGAAUCUGUAUGCUGGAAAAAUCUUCUGUGAACAUUUCCAGUGAAUACUCUCAUCCCGAUGUCCAACAGCCACAGUCUAAACUUUGGUAUAAAAUCAGUGGGAAUAUUCAUGAAGAGCUGUCUGAGGAUUCUGGUCGUGUGGUGUUUCAUGACAACAUGAAAAACCGACAUGUCCUGACAAUUAACAACCUGAAGAAGAACGACUCAGCAGAAUACAAGUUCACAAUCCAGAAAUCUGACGGAGGAUGGAACAAGAACAAUGCUCCUGGAGUCACUUUGAUUGUUACAGGGCUGAAAGUGACCGUCAGUCCUUCUGCUGCGGUGACAGAGGGCCAGAGAGUCACACUGACCUGCAGUACCAGCUGUCCUCUGACCGACAACACGGGCUACGUUUGGUACUUGAACGGUCGACCUCUGACUCUGACACGCGACCGAAACAAACACCUGCUUCUAGACCCAGUCAGCCGCCGGCACACGGGAAACUACUCGUGUGUGGUCAGAACCAACGGACACAUGAGGUCACCUGAAGAGGCGGUCUUUGUCAAAGGGAAAUCAUCGAUAAUAAGUAAUGCAGCAAGGCUGACUGUUGUGCUACUGAUCCUGGUUUCCUUCUGCCUGUGCAUGAGGAAGAAGAAACCUCUGAGCUUUCUUUGCAAAAAUACACAGGAAGAGACAGAAGAGAUGGAAUCAGACUACGUCGUCAUGCAUCCUGUGAUCACAGCACACAGAGAACAAUCAUAGCACCUGGAGACACUGUAUAACAUCUGACUGGUAUCACACAUUAAUGCAGUGGAUAGCAACACCGUGUUCACUCGGGAGGACAUUAGCGGAGAUGGUUUGGCCUUCUUGGACGGCCUGGUGAGCGUGAAAGAAGACCGAAGCCUCAACACUGGAAUAUAUAGUUUUCACACUUUGAGAUUUGAUUCCCACCAACAUCUGGAACGCAAGUCAUCAGGACGCUUCAGCACCAAGCGCAGACCCACGCAUCAAACACUCGAGAUGUGGAUAUCCCAACUUCCCAAUUUCCCUCCUGGAUCAUUAAAGUCUGUCCAGGUCUAAGUCGGAGACUCAAAAAUAUAUCUCAGAAAGGACAGGGAGGAGGAGAACAACAAGAGGAAGAACAUCAUCACCCCAUAUGUACCUGAUAUAUCGUAAAAUAUCAGGAAACGCUGCAUUCCAAUUCAUUUCAAACUCGGUACUUAGGCAAAAACUGGUCCACCCCAAAGACAAAACACCCAGGCAGAAACAGAGUAAUCUGGUGUGUGCUGGUCAGUGCAGUGAAGAAGGUACAGACUUGUACAUUGGGGGAAACCAAACAACUCAUCCACCAACGGAUGGCCGAACACAGAGGAGUAUCUGCACCAGCUCAUCGGGGAACGACUCAAACAUCCCAAUCUUAGCCAGAAAAAGCAGAUGGAUUGAAAGAGGGUUGAAGGAAACCAUCUACUGAAGCCAUCAGAAAGUGGCUCUGAACAGAGGAGGUAGACUGAGAUAUAAUCUGCCAUCAAUUUACGACUCUGCUGUCAACUUCUUUCCCUAAGAAGUUUCACCCCCAUUUACACUUUGAGACCGGAGCCUCUGUCUGAUAACGGGUUGUUAGAGCACCAUUCAUAAGGAAAGAGGACAAACAGUCUUCUCUCAAUGGCAGGUAAGUAUCUGGCCUUUAAUGGACACUAAACGAGUCAAGCAAGUUUUUCUGAUGGGUAAUACCCACAGACAUUCCAACUUAAACCUCAACGUCCCACCAGUCCCUAAGAUCUGAAGAAGACCCUCGGAUGAGUGACGAAACAUCUUCAAGAAACUCUACGAGUUCAGUUUCUUCAUGUAUUCAUGUCUACUCAUGUAUUUUUUUCUAAUCUCUCUUAUAUAUCUGGUGCAUGAUGUGGUCCAGCAAAACCUCAAAUAAUUAUGUCACAGCAGGAACUCUGGUGUGGUUUAUAUGUAUUAGGUAUCUGAGUAUAAUGUUAUUCCUGGUGCAUGUAGACUUAGUAACGUGACCAAGAAUAUGUUAUCUCUGGUCUGCUGCUGGUUUGAGACUAUGAAAGAAUUAAAUGUUACAGCAUG